AUGGACACCGACGCUACCGUGGAAAUGGAAGUCGUUCCACAACACCAUUUCCAGCCAGUGAUCCAAGGUCCAAUGACUUAUUGGCAACGAUGCAGAUACAACAUCAUGGCUCCACCAAAAGCCUUCCGGAAUAUGCGUAAUUUAAAUCCUUUAGCAGUAACAAACGUUUUAUACCUUCUGAUAGUCUCGAGACCCUCGGCUCCUACAUUCGAUAUCCUCACCCUCUAUGAAACUCAUCAAGGAUGCCUGACUUUGCUGUGCGUGCACACAUUCAGUUCAUACAUAUAUGGCUAAUAAAGCGAUAGCAUGUUUCUUUUAAUUAAUGUCCUGCUCCUGCAACGUCUGCACACCGUCGAGGAAAAUUAG